AUGGAGUUGGCUAGACAUAGUAUCACUUAUACUCAAGAAGAGCUGGUCGACAAGUUGUUUAAUUCGUUGCCGAAUGAUCAAGAUUGGCAAUACUUUGCCUUGAUGUUGAAGAAUACUAUCAAGCCGCCAGAAGUGUUGACUGUGGAUUUGCUGAUCGAAAGACUAGAAAGCCACGAGUUGGAGAUAAAGAAACCGAAAGUCAACAACACAGCUCAUCAGCAGAAUGUGGAGUUGUACUACAGAGGAAAUCUACCAAAGGCUGGGUCUCCAAGAACAGCGUUUUCUGCAGAAAGCUCAAAUAUUGUGAACCAUGAAAUUCCUCACAGUGGUUUUCACAGUGGAUCUUCUUCAACAACUUCAAGCCAAUUUGCAUCAAAGAACUUAUUUCAAUGCAACAUCGCUGUAGAUUUGAAGAAUGGUCAAAACUUUAGCGAGGAAUCUGCAAAGCAGCAGAUGGUUUUCUUAGCAUCUGUGCUUGAAUCGUAUGAGAGUCUUGUGGCAGGUUUUAACUGGAGUGAGUUGCUACCAGAGGAAGACGCAGUAGGUUAUGCGUUUGUUGCAAAAACGGAAAUCAAACCGUACAGAGACACCAGAACAGAAGCAGAAAAAGCACAUGAAAGACGACAGAAAGCUGAAUGGAAAAUGUUGAGAUUAUCUCGUGUAUUCAGUGGAGCUAGAAAAGCAAAAAGAUGGAAUGUAAAUAGAGAGUGUUACCUUGAUCCUAAAGGAAAGAUUGCUAUAGAUGCAAAGACUCUUAGUCUUGAAGCUUUAGUUGAGGAAUUUGUUGAACAAGAAGAGGCUCAACAGAGAGAAUGGUGGGGAGGUGAUGAAGAAAAAGAGAAUGAGAAAGAAAAAGAGCCGGAACAGAAGCCAAAGAAGAUAGAUGAAGGAAUCAUUGAUACGACACAGGAUAUGACAGCUGAAAACUUUGGAAAGAUGGCUGACAAGGUAAAUGAUCUGACAAAAAGAGUCAGAAAAGUUGAAGAUCAGAUUCUUGAACGUGAUAGAAUGCUAAAAUUUUCAAAUGAACAAGUUAAAAAGUUGACUGAGAAAAUUGACAAUGAUAAAAUUGAAGUAGAAAGAAUUAGGAGAGAAAAUGAGAAACUAAUUCAUGAAAACCGUCAACUCUCAGAAAAUUUUAACAAGUUAAAACAAAUAAUUCAAGAUUCUGAUGAUCGAAACGGUAAAACAAGAAAAGAAAAUGAGCAUUUAACUGUGAUUCUUAGACACAAAGAAGAACAAAUCAACAAGCAAUUGGAUGAGAUUGCUAAGGUGAAGCUUCAAUUUGAAGAAGCUAAGAUUGAAAAUGAGCGUAAAGAGUUAGAUGAGAUGUUUUCGAUUACAGACCCAAAAGCAACUCCCAGCAAGACCUAA